CUUGCCAUGGCAAGCAGGACCCUGUGCAGCCUUACCACUCCCAUUUCGUCAUGAGAGACGAACAUCUGACGCUGCUUGAUAUCAUGGACAAAGGGUUUCCUCAUGCCGAGUUCGCAUUCUUAUCCACUUGUCAUACCGCGGUCGGGGAUAAAGAGACACCCGACGAAGUCAUUCACCUCGCAGCUGGUCUCCAGUUUUCAAGGUUCAAGAGCGUUGUUGGCACGCUGUGGGAGGUUGACAAUUUCGUCGCAAAACACAUCGUUGAGGCUUUCUACAAAUAUAUGUUCCACCCGAAGGAGGAAGGUGUCAUGGACUGCACGAAGGCGGCCUGGGCACUCAACUGUGCUACACACGCAGUGAAGACGAAAGUGCCGCUUGAGCAGAGGAUGGUUUUCGUUCAUAUCGGUGUGUAGUU